UCCGGGGCGUGAGGGGCGGCCCGGCUGGCCCUGCCCGCCCCGGCUGGCCCUGCCCGCCCCGGGGGUGUGUUCACGGCCACCGGCCUCCGUGCGCAUCCACCUGCUGCCAGCCCAGUCAGUCAGCAGCUCCCAACUUUCCAGCGGAGCACACACGCAGCUGGAUCUGUCCACGAAAGGGGGGACUUUUUCUAUUCCUGUUGCUUUAUUGUUUCUUCUUUUCUUCUUCUUCUUUUUUUUCCCCUCUCCCACGAGAUGUUGUUGGCCAGACUCGGGAGACGGCAGCUUUUACGCGCGUCGCGGUGACGCGCAACGUUGAGUUUAAGAGAAGCUUUUUGUUCCUUUUCUCGACUGUCUUUUCUUUUUUUGGUUGUUAGUGUUCCAGACAAGUCCGAGGCCAGCACACACGCGGCGUGCACAGGUAGGGAGUAGGGACGAGCCCUCCGCCCCACCCCUGAACAAAAACACGGGACUGCGUAAAAGCCGCGCGGGGGAUUUUCUGUCAUUGUUGAGUUCAACUUGGAGACAGUCAGAGUGAUCGAUCUAUUGGAAUUGAUUAAAGAGGAUUUGGACCCCGUAUCCAGACAGCUGAAAGAGUUAAAGGAGAGUACGUGGGUGUGACUGGUGCGUGGUCCACCAUGAAGCUGGACGGCCUCUGGAUGCUUCCUGCCCUUCUGGCUUUGUCCGGUUUGGCUCUCGGGAACCCUAACCAAAUGAGCAGCGACUCAUUUGCAGCCCCGCGGGUCUUUAUCUCCUUCAAAGAACUGAGAUCUACUGGUACUGCUCAUCACUUCGCCUACCUGCUCAACACGUCCGACUACCAGAUCCUCCGUAUGGACGAGGACCACGAUCGCAUGUACGUUGGCAGCAAGGACCACAUUCUGUCCCUGGACCUCCAUGACAUCAACACCAGUCCUCACAUCAUCCACUGGCCGGUAUCCGAACGGAGACGGAUGGAGUGUCUCGUGAGUGGGAAAGAUGCCAACGAGGAGUGUGCAAACUUCAUCCGCCUGAUCGAGCCUUGGAACCGUACGCAGCUGUACGUCUGUGGGACCGGAGCUUACAAUCCAGUUUGUACCUUCGUCAGCCGUGGACGAAAACCUCAGACGUCCAUAUAUCUGCAGAUGCCCCAGUCCAGAGGAAGGGCUAGCCGUGCAGCUGAACCCAGUGCGGUGCACGACACACUUGGACUGAAGGAAGAUAUCUUCCAUUUGGAGCCAGGCAGAGUGGAAUCUGGGAAGGGAAAGUGCUCCUACGACCCGAAGCUCAACAGUGUGUCAGCUUUGAUCAAUGGUGAGCUGUAUGCCGGGGUGUACGUGGACUUCAUGGGAACGGAUUCUGCCAUUUUCCGGACUUUGGGGACAAAGACCGCCAUGCGAACGGAUCAGUACAACUCCAGAUGGCUGAAUGAUCCCACCUUCAUCCAUGCACACCUCAUCCCUGACAGCGCGGAGAGGAAUGAUGACAAACUUUACUUUUUCUUCCGGGAGAAGUCCUCCGAGAUGGGCCACAGUCCCGUGACCCAGUCCCGCAUAGGACGCAUCUGCCUGAACGAUGACGGAGGACACUGCUGCCUGGUCAACAAGUGGAGCACGUUCCUGAAGGCCCGGCUCAUCUGCUCGGUGCCCGGCGCCGACGGCAUGGAGACGCACUUCGAUGAGCUCCGACAUGUUUACAUUCAGCCAACACAGGAUAUAAAGAACCCUGUGAUAUACGGCGUCUUCUCUGUCUCUGGGUCUGUCUUCAAAGGCUCAGCGGUCUGUGUGUACUCCAUGGCCGACAUCCGCAUGGUCUUCAACGGCCCCUUCGCCCACAAGGAGGGUCCCAACUACCAGUGGGUGGCCUACACGGGGAAGAUCCCCUACCCUCGCCCGGGCACGUGCCCUGGAGGCACAUUCACCCCCAACAUGAAGUCCACCAAGGAUUAUCCAGAUGAAGUGAUUAACUUCAUGAGGAAUCACCCUGCCAUGCACCACGCCGUGUACCCGGUGCACAAGCGCCCCCUGGUGGUUCGGACCAACGUGGACUACGAGUUCACCACCGUUGCCGUGGACCAGGUGACAGCUGCAGACGGCAACUAUGAGGUGCUCUUCUUAGGAACUGACAGGGGGACGGUGCAGAAAGUCAUCGUGCUGCCCAAAGAUGACCUGCAGACGGAGGAGCUGGUCCUGGAGGAGGUCGAGGUUUUCAAGGUUCCCACUCCUGUAACAACAAUGAAGAUCUCAUCCAAAAGGCAACAGCUGUACGUGUCCUCUAAGGUGGGGCUGACCCAGCUGGCGCUGCACCGCUGCGACAUGUACGGAGAGGCCUGCGCCGACUGCUGUCUGGCCAGAGACCCGUACUGCGCCUGGGACGGCAAGUCCUGCUCCCGGUACUCGUCCUCGCAGAAGAGGCAACACUGGUCUGACCCGUUUAGACGUAGCCGGAGGCAGGACGUCAAGUACGGGAACCCCAUCCGCCAGUGCAGAGGCUUCAACUCUAACGCCAAUAAGAACACCCUGGAGAUGGUGCAGUACGGGGUGGAGGGCAGCAGCACCUUCCUGGAGUGUCAGGCCCGCUCCCCACACGCCGUCAUUAAGUGGCAUCUGCAGAGGGACAACAGUGACCGCCGGAAAGAGCUGCGCUCGGACGGUCGGAUCCUGAAGGCGGAGCAGGGCCUGCUCCUGCGGUCGCUCCAACCCUCCGACUCCGGCAUGUACCAGUGCACGGCCACCGAGAAGAACUUCAAGCACACGCUGGUGAAGCUGCAGCUGGUGGUGCUGUCCAGCCGGGCCGUCAACGGCGCGCUGGUGGACGGCGGCGGGGGAGGGCUCAUGGCGUCGUCCGUCCACGUGGCCAGCACCCAGUGGACCCCCAGUUCAGGCCAGUACAAGGACCUGCUGACCAUCCUGAGCCAACCAGAGAUGAGCCUGAUUAAUCAGUACUGCCAGGACUACUGGCAGUUCGGAGACCACAUGCUGGGCACCAUCAAGGCCAAAGACCUGAAGGAGCUCAAGGAGCAGAAGAAACCUCGCAACCGCCGGCAUCACAGCGACAGCGAGGGGGAAGAGAAGCAGCAGGGAGUGCAGACAUGAGGAGACUGACUUUGUGGUUGAAACGGCUUCAAUACAACCUCCCCCCACACCUCCUCCCCAACCCUCUUGAAAACUGGGAAAGACUCAAUGAGAGUAGCGACAUGAAAGAAAUGAUCCACAAAGCAGGAAGAAAAGCAAACUGAGAGCAAGAGGCUGACAAACAAAACCCCACAUACAUCCCGUCAUACAGUAAGAUAUAUGAUACACAGUAUUUAUUGUAGGUUGUAUAUAAUAUCAUUCUGUGGAUUUCUUUGUACUUAUAGAGAAAACAUGCUCUUUGUGUAUAGGUACCUUUGGGGCAAAUAUUGUUAUUGUUAAUUUUAUUGUUGCUGUUACUGUCAUUGCAAAAGUCAUUUGUCAGCAUCGUGUAAAGUUGACAACUGUUGGGAAUGUGUUACCAGGCGUGAUGUGCGAUGGCAAAGCUACGAGAAGUCCUCCGUGACAGGGGAACAAGUUGCUGAUGGGAGGUGAUGGGAUCUUGUUAUUUUUUUUUUAUUUGAACACCUUUCGGGCGUGUUUGUAAUGCAACCCCCUUGUGACUGCAUGCAGAGAGAGACUCCACACUGCAGUAGGAUCAGUGAAUUACGGUCCUGGUUUUUGAGGGAAACGCUCUUUUCCCUGUGGGAAUCCUUUUUUUUUGUGUCGAUGUUAAAGCAGCACAGUGGAAUGUUUCCUGUUUUUAGCACUUUGAGUCCCCCUGUAGGCGGCGGAGGUUAACGACGCUUUUACAAACACUGACGGCGUUGCCCGAUGCUGGUCCUCCAGGGCCGGAUCUUCCACUGACUUCUUAUUUUUUAGUGAAAAAAAUCAAUAUUUUGAGUUAGUUUCUGCAUAAAAAUGCGUUUUGAUUACAUUUCUAGCGAGAAAUAUACAUUUUACUUUCAUAAUAUUCACUCAGUGAAUGUACAUAAUCACUCGUUUGCCCGUUGUUGCGAAGUCUUUUUCAAGUUACACCAACGCAGAGCCUACGGCGUAGGUUACGCGGCGACGCGCGCCGUACGCCGCUGCGUCGAUUUAACGUGGAACCAUAAAUCAGCUCCCAGAUCUUCCACUGACUUGAGCUGAUGAGGAUCCGUUCAUUUACAUCAUUUAUUGAUGUGCGUUGAAGCAGGGAAACAUCUGAACCACGCAGGGCAGCGGCCCCUCGAGGACCAGCACCGGGUUAACCCUGAUCUAAGACCCACUUUUGUUUGGUCUCUCUGACGUCCUCAGUUUUUCCAUUCCAUAAUUACUCUCUUCAGUCAUUUACAUCCAGGAUGUCCAGUGUAGCUCUGUGAGCUCCAUUGUUGUUGAUGUGUAACGUAAUGCGAUAAACCGGGGCGGCUGGUUGGUUUUUGCUGACAGCAGAGACGGAAGACCGCUGCAGCGAGACGCCACAGACAGCAGAUCUCCUUCAAACGAAACGGAAACUGAUAUUUAAAAAUUCACUAAAGUCCUAUGUGCUGCUUUAAAUGGUCUGGAUUUUAAAUGAUGCUAGCCAUGGCUCAGACUCUGUUAAGGAUCAAAGGAAUUUACAUUUUUUCGUGAAAAUAAAUACGUUUUCUCAAUUGUACUUUGUUUUUAGUAAUCUACAGCUCCGGACAACAAGCUUGAGUUAGACAGCAUCCAUCCUGACAAUUUCGGAUGAAUGAAACAAACUAGUGUUAGAUUGGUUCCUGUGAAAUCUGCUAAAAGACAAAAAAAAUCAAACAUCACUUUAACUGAAACAGGUGCAGCUGAGUUCAGGUAUUUGCACACAUGGCCAUUAUUCAUUUCUUUUUAGAGAUGUUGGCAGGGGCCAAACUCAACAUGCAACAAGCACAUUUGCAAAAUAAAAGGUGACUUCUGUAAAAAGCAAAACCGGUUUAUAAUGAAAGACCUUCAUUGAUCAGGUAGCAGUUGUUAACAAGCCCACAAGACACCUUUUUAAUUUCCUCGUGGAUAUUCAUGUGUGUGUGUGGGGGGGAGGGGCAUCUGUACAACAGAGCAUUGUGACAAUAUUGUGACACAAAACCAAAAUGUUGAGUAUCGGGAAGCUGGCUUUCAUUGUGUGCAUGAAUUUGUGUUUGUACUGUUAUUGUAAUGAGAUGUGUGGUAGCAUUUUGUUUGUUUCUUUUUUCUUUGUUUUAAAUUUCUGUGGGUUUACAUUAUAAUCUGACAGACUCUUUACACAAAACAGGGAGAACAAUGCUUUUAAAAAAAAAUGUAUUUCACAUGUCUCCAAUAUGGCAUUUCUAUUCAAUGACACAAAUAUCAAUUUUAUCAAAGUAUGAAGUGAAAUGAACCUGCUCAUGUGUUUGGAUUGGACAUGAUGUGGAAAGUAGUCAGAUGAAGAGAUGGUUGUGAUAAAAACCAAUGACUCUGUUGGGAUGUUCAUACUUUAAGAAGUCCAUGCUAGGAAAACUUUACUCCAGCUGCAAGAAGUAAAGCAAAGUCAAGUCAGUCCAGGGUUCCUGUAAACAAACCACUUGGAAAAAAGUUCAGCAUCGAUGUAAAGUUGACAUACAAGGGUGUCAAAAGCACCUUUCCAGACUGGUCUCCAGGCUGGUUUCCAGGCUGGUUUCCAGGCUGAAUAAAACCUCCUGGGACUGUUUUCAAGGUGCAUUGUUGGUAUCUGCACCACCAUACAGGAACACUUGGGUCUCUCAUCAAAAUAAGACCACUAGAGUCUUAAAAUAAAAAAGGAAAGAAAGUUUGUGAAAUGUAUUUUUUUUACAUGUGUUUUUAGUUUCCAAGUGUUCUUUACUUUGUGUUUUUUUGCAUUAUCAGAUUUUACGAAAAAAGAAUCAGACAAAAUGCACAGAUGUAAUGUUAUUGUAAUGACUUGUGUAAAUGAUCUUAUCUUCCAGUUGCAUUGUUGUUGCUGACUAAUAAAUUAAAGCUCUAUAUUUUAUAAGAAUGGAAUGCUCCCCCACUUCAUUGUGAAUCGCUUGAUGCUGGAUGUUUUCCAUGUUCUACCCAGAAACCUCUGGAUCUUUGGAAUAAAGUUGUACCUGUUAACUUCAUAUGUAUGCACAUUUGUGAAAAAUAAACGCCCUGCAUUUUAGUGUGCAAUGAUACAGCUGCAGUGGAUGUGCAAUA